AUGGCGGGGAAUUUCACAUUUCCAACAGAAGAUCAAUAUAUUUUCAUUGUCGCAGACCAGGUGAAUGUAACCUGGACUGUCAUCGCGCCUCGGGUUGCACUUUACGAAACCUGUAGUGAUGUUGACUAUCCAUUACAAGAGCAAAUAAUCAACAACCACAGCUACGUAUGGACAGCGACCCGCCAAAACUACGUGGAGAGAGGGUGUAUCUUCAAACUUCAGCCAUUCACUGCCGAAGGGGAGUCUUAUGGCAACAACGUUUCAAGUAUAGAAUUUGGGGUUUCGAAGAGAUAUACAGAUGAUCCACCGCCGGCCUAUUACAACUUCCCCAAUGGAUCUCCCUCCACAACAGCAAGUGGGGGACCAACAACUUCAACUUCAAAUUCCACAUCUCUCACUUCCGCAUCCCCCACUUCCACAGCCAGUUCAGAGAAUACAUCACCAACGACGACAUCUACUCCUCAGGCCAGCCAGGGUCUAUCAACACCGGCCAAAGUUGGGAUUGGGCUUGGUGUUCCACUGAGUGUUUUGAUAGCAGCUGGUGCCAUAGGGUUGUUCUUCUGGUUGCGUCGAAAGUCUCGUCAAAGGGAGACUCAAGAGACGCCUGCAACGAAUCAAAACAGUGACGAACCAUCUCCGCUUCCUAUAAUCGAGCCUAAGGGAACCACAUAUCAGCGUGCCUCGAAGACAGAUACGAUAGAUUCUCAAUCCCCAUCUUCAAGGGAUUAUCAGGGAUCGACAGGAACGGGCAGGCCACUGAGCGAAUUAAUGUCUAGUGAACGAGCGGAAAUGGAGUAA